AUGAAUAAAGUCUCUCAAUGGGUAGACAAGAAAGUUGGUUACAUUCACAAUCUUGAGAAGAAUCUCGCCACUCUGGAGGCUAACAUGGCAGAUCUCAAGGCGAAGCGGAAUGAUUUAUUGAGAAAGGCCACAAGAGAGGAGGAGGAUAGAGGUCGACAAAAGCUUGAAGAAUUCCAGGUAUGGCUUAGUAAAGUUGAGUUUUUGGAAAAUAGAGUUGAUGGUCUUCUUGAUGCUAGAGAUGACAUAUGGGAGAAGGUGGAUUUAACAGAGAUUGGAGUCCCGUUUCCAGCACCAGAAAACCGAUGCAAAGUAGCUUCACCACUCGUCGCCGAGACGUAUGCGAGACCAUGUCAUGCAAGACAACGGUUCAAGAAUGGCGCUAAAGAUGUUUUGAGUUCGUACGCUACAGAGUUUUCUGGCAUGGAAGAUAAGAUCCUUCUUCUUUUGAAGUAUAGCUACGAUAACCUUAAGGCUGAGGAUGUCAAAUCAUAUGGAAGUAAAGGUAUAGAAAGGGCUGUGAACAAGGGGUAUGAGAUAAUUGGUGAUCUUGUUCGUGCAUCAUUGUUGAUGGAAGAGGCUGAGAAGGAUGGAACAAGACGAGUGCGUAUGCAUGAUGUUGUUCGCGAAAUGGCCUUGUGGAUUGCAUCUGAAUUGGGAAGAGAAAAGGAGGCUUUCAUUGUGCAUGCUGGUGUAGGGUUAAGUGAAAUUCCAAAGGUUAGAAUUGGAGCACUGUGA